AUGAAGGCCACGCCCCUCAUCAUCAAUUGGCACGAGCAAAACGCCCCUGUCUACUCGGCUCACUUCGAGCCCAGCGGCAAGGGCCGCCUCGCUACUGCUGGUGGUGACAACCACGUUCGCAUCUGGAAACUCGAGGCAAACGGCACCGACCGCAAGGUCGAAUAUCUUUCCACCCUCACCAAGCAUAACCAGGCAGUCAAUGUCGUCCGCUGGGCCCCCAAAGGCGAACUGCUUGCCUCCGCCGGCGACGAUGGAAAUGUUAUUCUCUGGGUUCCCAGCGAGCUAUCCUUAUCCAGUUUUGGCUCCGAUGGCCACGACGACAAAGAGUCCUGGCGUGCCAAGCACAUGUGCCGCUCAAGCGGUGCCGAAAUCUACGACCUUGCCUGGUCCCCCGAUGGUGCCCAUUUCAUUAUUGGCAGCAUGGACAACAUAGCUCGAAUCUACAGUGCUACAACAGGAAUGCUCGUCCGACAAAUAGCAGAGCACAGCCAUUACGUCCAAGGCGUCACCUGGGACCCAUUGAACGAAUACAUUGCCACGCAGUCGUCCGAUCGAUCGGUUCAUAUAUACUCACUUAAAACAAAAGAUGGGCAAUAUACUCUUAGCCAGGACGACAAGCCUCCGAGGCUUGCCAGCCACAUCAAGGCCGACCUGCCGCCCAGACGAAUCUCCUCGAGCAGCCCAGCCCCUCCUGACUUCGGUCAUCGAGCGCAGCUGUCCGUCAUCGACUCAAAUACCUCGGUCGGAUCACCAAUACCGUCAGCACCAGGAACACCGACCUCGUUCCCGCUCCCCAUGAACCCACCCAGCGUCGUGAGCCACAGUCGCCGAUCCUCCUUUUCCUCACGUCGAUCUGCAUCACCUGCGCCCUCGUUACCACUCCCCGCAGUGAUGCCAAUGGAAGCGUCUCCCAAGCCGCAUGCUUCAUCUUCGCUCCUUGGGCUUGGCAUGAAGAAUGCAAGCCUCUACGCAAACGAGACGUUGACUUCCUUUUUCCGACGCCUAACUUUCACACCCGAUGGUAGCUUACUACUCACGCCGUCUGGUCAGUAUCAAAACCAACACCAGGCAGACAAGGAUGCAAAGCCCACGUAUGAGGUCAUAAAUACUGUCUAUAUCUACACACGAGGCGGCAUCAACAAACCACCCGUCGCGCAUCUACCUGGCCACAAGAAGCCGUCCGUGGUAGUCAAAUGCUCACCAUUAUUCUACACCCUCCGUACCUCCCCUCCACCGACCAAGCACAUAACCAUCGACACGUCUUCUGCGGAAGACGACAUCCCGUCAUUACCUGAACCUGUUUCACAACCAACCUCGCCAGCACCGGUCAUGGAACCGCCGCCACCUCCUGUUACUGUUGCCGAAGUUACCUCGACGCCAGCUAAGCCAAGUGGCGGAGAAACGAGUGCUGCUAUGCCAGGUCCUAAACCAGCCUUCUCCCUACCAUAUAGAAUGGUGUAUGCUGUCGCUACUCAGGAUUCUAUUCUGUUGUAUGAUACGCAGCAAAAGACACCAAUCUGUGUCGUCAGCAACUUGCACUGCGCGACCUUUACUGACCUCGCAUGGUCAACUGACGGGCUCACAUUACUCGUUUCCUCAUCUGAUGGGUUUUGUUCAACACUGUCCUUUGCAUCUGGAGAAUUGGGAGACCUUUACCAAGGGGAAAUAGGCCCUCCACCCAAGAUCCAGGCCGGCACAGCCGCCUCGCAUCAGGCCACUCCUCUUGCUACACCAACGACGGCAUUUGCCCCUCCGUCACCUUACACGAGCGGCUCGCACCAUCAGAAUCGCAACUCGACCAGCUCGUUUACCGCACCGUCUCCGCCGGCAUCAGUUAGUGCUGCUUCACAGAGACCACCCUCGCCAGCGAGAUCAAACUCUACCUCGUCCGUCGCGACCCAGUCGUCGUCUAUGCCUAUCGGGGUGGUUAGCAACCCUACUCUUAUCGCAGGUACCGUGCCCAGCGUCGCCGCCACAAACUCGGGCAAAGUAACUGGCGCUCCCAUGACAACUCCACCAGAAACCCCCAGCAAUGCAGUGGCUGGCAGCAAGAGGGAUGCAACGGACAGUGAAAAGGAGGAGGCGAAGGAGCCUAAGAGGAGACGAAUUGCCCCGACUCCAGUAGAGUCGAAGGACGCGUAA